AUGGCAUCUUGGAGCAGCCCGGCACGGGGGGGGCGGUGCUGGCAGGACACCCAGGGCUCCCUCCCAGUCCAAGAUAUGAGCAGGGACCCGCGGACACGCCGUGCCUUGCAGGGCCGCAGCGCCAUGUCCCUGGGCAGUGACAGCGGCCCUGGCAUCGUGCACAGCCUGCUGUGCCACCGGCAGGGAGGGGACAGCGAGGCCUUCGCCCGCCGUGCCAUCCAGAGCCUGCUCAGGAAGCUCAAGGAGAAGAGGGACGAGCUGGACACGCUGGUGGCCGCUGUCACCUCGGGCGGGGCCCAGCCUGGACAGUGCGUCACUGUCCAGCGCACCUUGGACGGGCGGCUCCAGGUGGCCGGCAGGAAGGGGUUCCCCCACGUCAUCUACGCCCGGCUCUGGCGCUGGCCCGACCUGCACAAGAACGAGCUGAAACCCGUCCAGUUCUGCCAGUUCGCCUUCGACCUCAAGUGCGACAGCGUUUGUGUCAACCCCUACCACUACGAGCGCGUGGGGACCCCCGGCAGCGGUCUGAGCAUCCAGAGCACAGUGCCUCCCCCGCGCCCGGUGAAGGAGGAGUUUGUCCCUGCCUGUGUGCAGAUGGAGCUGCCGGCCCGUUGGGAAUCGGGGGUCGAGCACCCCACCCAACCCCCCCAGCGAGCGCUGCCCCCCCGGCCGCCCCCUGAGCCCCCCCGUGUGCCCCGGAUCUACCCCGUGCUCCCCAUGGCACCCCAAGCGACCCCCCAGGACUCCCACGGCGAGGGUCCCCCAGCACAGCCCCCCCCGCAGAACGGGUACCCCAAAGCCCCCCACCACGGUUCAUCGCUGAGCUGGACCGGUGCCACCAUCUACCCCCCGAGUUUGGGGGGAUCACAUCCCCUCCCACCACAACAUCCCGGCAGCCACAGCCCCCCGCAGCCCCCCCAGCACCACCCCAACCGCUGCUGGCCCCCCCACCAUAACCCUACACUCCAGCCCCCCGUGUCCACCCACCCUGGGCCGGAAUUCUGGUGCUCCAUCGCCUACUUCGAGCAGGACGUGCAGGUGGGGGAGAUCUUCAAGGUGCCCUCGAGCUGCCCCAGUGUGGUGGUGGAUGGGUACGUGGAUCCCUCGGGGGGGGCCCGGUUCUGCCUGGGGCAGCUCUCGAACGUCCAGCGCUGUGCGGCCAGCGAGAGGGCACGGCUGCACAUCGGGAAGGGGGUGCAGCUGGAGCGGCGAGGAGAGGGAGACGUGUGGAUGCGCUGCCGGAGCCAGCACGCCGUGUUCGUGCAGAGCUUCUACCUGGACAGGGAGGCGGGCAGAGCCCCCGGGGACGCCGUGCACAAGGUGUACCCCGGAGCACACAUCAAGGUGUUCGACCUGCGCCAGUGCCACCGGCAGAUGCAGCAGCAGGCGGCCACCGCCCAGGCUGCGGCCACUGCUCAGGCCGCCGCGGUGGCCGGCAGCAUCCCCGGGCCUGGCUCGGUGGGUGGCAUUGCCCCGGCCAUCGGGCUGUCGGUGGCCGCGGGACUCGGCGUGGACGACCUGCGGCGCCUGUGCCUCGUUAGGCUGAGCUUCGUCAAGGGCUGGGGACCCGACUACCCCCGGGCCAGCAUCACCUGCACGCCCUGCUGGAUCGAGGUGCACCUGCACCGAGCCCUGCAGCUGCUCGACCACGUCCUGCACGCCCUGCCCGAUGCCCACGCCUGACUCCUGGAAGGAGCAG